AUGGCCAGGGAGUUACAAAAGCUCAAGGAUAUGAUAUCCAGUGUCCCGGGAGUGGUUAAACCCGUCCCCGAGAUUCCGGAUGGAAAUAACAGUGAACUAAUCCUUGCUUUGCAGAAUUUAGGUGACAAGGCUAGGUGGCCAAGGAAAAACGAGAAGUCCAUGGCUACCAAGGAUAAAUCAAAAUCGUGUGCUUAUCAUGAGGAUUUCGGUCACCACACGGAUAAAUGUAUAACACUAAGGAAGGAAAUAGGUUAUCUUUUGAGCAAAGGUUACCUGAAGGAGCUGCUAGAAAGGAAAAAGUCAUGGAUCCAGGAUUCUGAAAAAGUUCCUGAAAGAGCUCCUCCACCACCUGUUGAUGCUCAGAUCAUUAACUUCAUCUUCGGAGGUUCUGAAAUCUGUGGAACCUCGUUUUCAGCAGCUAAGAGGCAUGCUAAGGAAACGAAGAUGGAGAAUGGAGAGAGACAUGUUCGAACCUCCACUUUCACUCAGCAGAAAGUGAUAUCCUUUGAUGAGGAUGACCGCGUUGAUAUACAGGAUCCCCAUCACGACGGUUUAGUCAUUACGUUGUUUAUUUCUAACUAUUUUGUUCACAAGAUCCUCAUUGAUGGAGGAAGCUCGGUGAACAUAAUCCAGUUGGAUGUCCUCAAAAGAAUGAACAUUCCUAAAUCUGAAAUCGUUCCAAGAUCAUCUGUGCUUAUAGGAUUUAGUGGAGAAACAAAAAAUACAUUGGGGGACAUCAAACUCCCGAUUUAUAUAGAGGGAGUAAACUCUAUUAAAAAAAUUUGUGUUAUAGAUUGUUUAUCUUGCUACAAUGUUAUCCUUGGCAGGCUCUGGAUAUAUGAUAUGAAAGCAGUUCCCUCAACGUAUCACCAAUGUGUUAAGCUCCCAACCCCAUGGGGUGUGGUGAAGAUAGAGAGUGAUCAGCAGGAAGCGAAGAACUGCUACACUUCCUCAAUGAAGCCAACUUCAAAGCCGAGGGAAGCAUAG